GACGCACAUGACACCGGAAGCAUUGGCUUCAGCCGGAAACUCUUAGAGGAGCUCAAUGUGACAUUUCGGAGCGGUAACUUCUAAACGGUUACAGAAGAAAAAGAAUGUUUCUCACAACUGUCAACCUUGCCAAGAGCAAAUCUAAAACAUUGCUGGUUCAGAUGGUGAGUGCAGCUGGCACAGGUUACUGUUUUAAUACGAAGAGGGGCCGAUUGAGAGACAAACUGGUUUUGAGAAAGCAUGACCCCAUAGUGAACAAACAUGUGCUGUUCAUUGAGAAGAGGAAGAUACGAUCUCUUUAAAAAAUGUUUUACUUUCGAUACAGACACUGAGUGUUAUUGGUGUAAAACACUUGCCACAGUGUGAUGAUUAACAUCCAGCAUAUGCAAGUGUCACUAAACAACUAUGAAGGAAGAAGAUUUGCAUCAAAGUAAAGACCCUGCAUUAAUGCAGCUGUGGGUGACUAGUCUAAGGAGACCAGCUGUACAUCCUGUCAGGAUAAUGUGCUGUUAAGGCCAUUACAAAUAAGUGAAUUUUGUUGGAUUUGUUUGGUUCUUUUGUUGUCUUUUUUGUACCAAGUGAAAAUUUUGACCUACUGCAAACAAUGAACCACCUACUCAAUGACAGAUUGCUUUAGGCUGAAGUGGAUGUGUUGGAAUAAUUAGUGUACAAAAUGUGUUCAGCAGGGGGGAAAAAGUUCAUAAUUGUUUAACACAAAAAUAAUAGCUAUUCAAGCAUAAGAAAUCAACUGGGCUGUUUGUAUUUUUUUUUUUUACAUAAAUUGUUUUUUAUUUUCAGAAGUA